UUCAGUUUAAAUCCCAAACCAUAGCAGUUCUAUCUCAUUUAUUAAGGAAUCAGCGAGAGCAUUGUUUAUGCCUUAUAAAAAGUGUGUCAUUCAGUGAUUGAAGAAGCAAAAAGUUUUGAUUGUUAACGAGAAUAUAAUGUAUUGAAAAAUCGUACUGUGAAGCGAAGAAUUCUCAACUCAAUUGUUAAUUUCGUGCUACUAUUCGAGUUCGCGAGAUUCUCUCCGAACCCACGAAGCGGGACGCGACGGUUCUGAUCACAAAUUUCGUCCUCCUUUUUCCUACGAGCAGUUUGCCUACUCAAAGUGGUAAAGACAGAAAAGAAAUUCCAUUGCAAGAAAAUGAUUCCCGGAGCACGAGUUUUCAGUUUCGUGCUCCUUCUCGCAACAAUCGGAACGUCGAACUGUCAGGAUGUGUCGACGGAGUCUCAAUCGGCAAAUGCGGGCGCUCGAGAACCGGAUUUUGUAACGCCGGAGUACAUAUUGCCUUGCAGUCGUAGCGAUCCCGCGAUCGAAGGAUGCAUCCAGAAGGCGUUCAACCAUCUGAGGCCCUACUUAGUGCAGGGUAUUCCAGAGCUGGAACUUCCGCCGAUCGAACCGCUGACGAUCCCAGAGCUCGGAAUGGAAAACGGCAAGGGUGCAGUCAGAGUUAGAGCUUUCUUCUCAAACAUAACGGCCUUCGGGCCGGGGAAUUAUACGGUUACCAAAGUCCGCGCCGAUGUCGCGUCUCUCAGACUCGAUCUGCAUCUCAACAUACCCAAGAUCGAGCUCCAAGGUCGUUACGAGGUCGCUGGAAAUGUUCUACUUUUUCCGAUCCAGAGCCGAGGGGAAUUCUGGGCUCUGUUCGGAGACGUGCAGGCAAUUGCUAGGGUCCAAGGAAUCGAGGAGAUUCGGGACGGCGUUCGUUACAUGAGAAUCGGCCGGCUCCUCGUCGAUUUCAGUCUGGGAAGAGCAAGAUUUCGCGUAGCCGACGAGCUCAAUGGUAAAAACGUAAUCGGUCAGGCCAUGAACCAGUUCCUCAAUCAAAACGCCAAGGAAAUAAUCGAAGAAAUGAGACCAGCAGCGAGCUCCAGUAUCGCGAAACAUUUCAUGUCUUUCCUCAACACCGCUUUUACCAAAGUGCCCCUCAAGGUUUGGCUACUCGACACGUAGAGAGCAAACAAACUUCAUCGUCAUGCAUCGCGCGAUACAAUUUGGUUAAAAAAAAUUCGACAUCAUUCGAUUGGAAAAACACGAUUUAUUUGAGCUUUAAACUUUUGUAUAUUUCACUUAAUCAUUUGAAACUCCGCCAAUUUGUUGCUCCUUUCGAAUAACUCGUUGUACUAACGACUAUUUCACAUAACUUUUUUCCAAUACGAAUCAUUCGAGUGUUUUGACUCUUAUCACCAUUUUUAUUAUGCAUUUUAGUACACCAUUCCACCCCUGAACACGACGCUGUUUACUCAUUUCAUGUGUUAUUUUAAACAGUAGAAUUCUAAUUGUAUUAAUGACACGAUGUAAUCAUUUCAAAUGAAUAAUUUUAGCGUUUAUAUACCACAACAGCAUUCACGUACGAUGUGAUACAUUUACGAUCAUCUACCUUUAUUCCGAUGAUAUUCAUAGAUCUGUACUUUACAACCAUGAGGGACUCUAUCUGUAGACUCGACGAGCGAUUUAGUUUUCUAUAUAAAUAAAUUUCAAUAAAAUCAUCGAACUUUA